AAGAAAACAAAUUCUACUAAAAUAAAAAUUAAAACGAAACAACCAAAAAACAUAAUAAAUGUUCGUGGAAUUUGGGUAAACAAAAGGAAGCAGCGAGGAAAAAGGAGGACUAGGGGAUACAAUUUUGAGAGGAAAUGGCAAGCGACAGAACCAUAGCAGCAAUAAUCAUAGUAUUGCUAAUGGUUGCCGCGACGGCGACUCAAUCAUCGGCGGCCAGUGAAGGCGGUUCUGUAGGCUGCCGCAUACCUUGCGAAGAAGAUUGCAACAAGAAACAUGAUUACAAGAACAGGGAAUAUUGUCAAAUGACUUGCGCAACCACCUGUUACAACAAACCUAUUAUAGAUUUCAUGGUGAAAUUAUUUGCGUCGAACACCAAGUGAUAAGAAGAGAAGAGGAACCAUUAAUCUCUUUUAUGAAUUGUUAUUUUUUGUUACCAUUAUUGGUGGAAACAUAAGAGAAUAUACCAGUGAUUGUUUCAAUUGAAUCGAUUUUUUUUUAAUUCGUGAUUUACAGAAUUGGUGCAUCGUGAUACAUCUUGUAUGUUCAUGUUGUAUUUGUAUCAUUUCCUCUUCUCAUAAAAAUGUAAAACGGUUCCCAGGAAUUGGUUC